GACGACGCUCACCGGCUGCGCCUGUGCGGCUGACGCUGCCGGGGACAGGCUGACGGACGGGGGCGCAGGCCGGUAGACGGAGCUCUGGCCGGCUGUGGGUCGCUGCUGCCACCCGGUUUCUCUCACCCCAUGGUACACCUGUGAGGCCGGCUGCCGGCUGAGGUCUCCUCGGGAUGGAGCACAUCCGAACGACCAAGGUUGAACAAGUAAAAUUACUUGACCGAUUCAGUACCAGCAACAAGUCAUUAACAGGAACACUGUAUCUUACAGCCACACAUCUAUUAUUUAUAGACUCUCAUCAAAAAGAAACCUGGAUAUUACACCACCAUAUUGCCUCAGUAGAGAAACUUCCUUUGACUACUUCUGGAUGCCCUCUCUUGAUUCAGUGCAAGAACUUCAGGACUGUCCAUUUCAUUGUUCCCAGAGAAAGAGAUUGCCAUGAUAUUUAUAACUCUCUGCUACAACUGUCAAAACAAGCAAAAUAUGAAGAUCUCUAUGCAUUCUCUUAUAAUCCCAAACAAAAUGAUUCAGAACGACUACAAGGUUGGCAGCUCAUUGACCUCACUGAAGAAUAUAAGAGGAUGGGAGUGCCAAAUUCAAACUGGCAGUUGUCUGAUGCCAACCGAGAAUACAAGAUUUGUGAAACUUAUCCCAGAGAACUUUAUGUUCCCCGGAUAGCAAGCAAACCAAUAAUUGUUGGUAGUUCCAAAUUUCGGAGCAAGGGAAGAUUCCCAGUUCUUUCUUACUAUCACCAAGAUAAGGAGGCUGCCAUUUGUCGAUGUAGUCAGCCACUGUCAGGAUUCAGUGCCAGGUGCCUGGAGGAUGAGCAUUUGCUUCAAGCCAUUGGUAAAGCCAAUCCAGCCAGUCGCUACAUGUAUGUUGUGGACACCAGGCCCAAACAUCGCAUGCAGAGCUGGUGGGCUACACAAAAGGACAUUGGCAAAAUUAUAGUGAGGAUUUCUUCAAAAAUCUGGAAUGAUGAAAAAAUAAGAGAAAGCGAUGAGAAAAAGCGACUAAAUGCUAUGGCCAACAGAGCAGCGGGAAAAGGUUAUGAAAAUGAAGACAACUAUUCUAAUAUUAGAUUCCAGUUUGUUGGAAUAGAAAAUAUUCAUGUCAUGAGGUCCAGCCUUCAGAAAUUAUUGGAAGUCAAUGGUGCCAAGGGACUUUGUGUUAGUGAUUUCUACUCUGGUUUGGAGAGCUCAGGAUGGCUUCGCCACAUCAAAGCUGUUAUGGAUGCUGCAAUCUUCUUAGCCAAGGCAGUAAUGGCUGAAAGUGCAAGUGUACUGGUACAUUGCUCUGAUGGGUGGGAUAGGACUUCCCAGGUUUGUUCCCUUGGUUCGCUUUUACUGGAUUCAUACUACAGGACAAUCAGAGGAUUCAUGGUUUUAAUAGAAAAAGAUUGGAUCUCGUUUGGACAUAAAUUUUCAGAGAGGUGUGGCCAUUUGGAUGGUGACCCAAAGGAAGUCUCACCAGUGUUUACUCAGUUCUUGGAAUGUGUGUGGCAUUUGACGGAACAGUUUCCACAAGCCUUUGAAUUCAACGAAGCAUUUCUUCUUCAGAUCCAUGAACAUAUUCAUUCAUGCCAAUUUGGAAACUUCCUUGGAAAUUGUCAGAAGGAAAGAGAAGAACUCAAGUUGGAGGAGAAGACUUAUUCCCUGUGGCCAUUUCUUUUGGAUGACCAAAAGAAAUACUUAAAUCCUCUCUACAGUUCUAAAUCUCAGAGGCUUAUGGUUUUGGAGCCAAAUACAGUAUCUUUCAAUUUUAAGUUUUGGAGAAACAUGUACCACCAGUUUGAUCGAACAUUGCACCCUAGGCAGUCUGUAUUCAAUAUAAUCAUGAAUAUGAAUGAGCAAAAUAAACAGUUAGAGGAAGACAUUAAAGACCUAGAAUCUAAAAUUAAACAGCACAAAAAUAAGCAAACAGAAGACAUUCUUACUAAGGAAUUGUUAAAUUCAGUUCAUCCGGAAUCACCUGCCCUCAAAACCUCCCUGUGUCUUAAAGAGCAGACUUUGCUACCCGUGAAUGAUGCACUUCGAGCUAUAGAGGGCAGCAACCCAGCAGAUAAUCGUUACAGUGACUAUGCAGAAGAGUUUUCCAAAUCAGAACCUACUGUGGUCAGCUUAGAGUACGGUGUGGCAAGAAUGACUUGUUAGAUCAGAGUAUUUUCUGGACCGAGUGUAGCAUAAGAAAUUACAGUGAGGAUGGUCUGUGCCCAUGACCAAAAAAGGAUUUGUCUAAUAAUGAUCUUGGGGUUUAACAGUAGGCGAAUAGUUGAAGAAUGGGUAAUAAGUACUCUUGCAAGAGAAGUAAGUCUGGUUAAUUGCAUUUCUGGACAGAAAUGACAUCAAUUCUGUAGGAAAUAACUGGUAUCUGGUAGGUUUACUCAAAACAUUUUGCACUCUACACUAGUGAAUUGACAUUUCUGUAUGAUUUAUGUUAAUUACAAACAUAAACAGCUUUCUUAAAGGUAAUUAAAUUGCAAGAAAGUGAAAUUUGACAGACAAAAUGACCCUUUAAUUGAUAUGGCAUGUACUUUCAGUUAUGUAACUGUGUAACUAUGAGUAUUUACAUCUUUUUGCCUUUUAGUAAUAUUGAAUAUUGAAGUGCCAUGAAAAAUAUUUCCAAGAGAGCCUUAAAAUAAAUUCUGUUUAUUCUUUACCCUUAAGUUUUAUAUCAUAGAACAGAUUAUUUUGCUUGUUUUCCUUUGGCCAGCCAUGCUUUGUUCAUUUAGCAUUGCACUUUCCACACUGCAGGAGUUGCAUGCCUCAGUACUCCUGUACAAACAGUCACAGAAAUUCUCAUUUUAGUUCAUGCUUAGCUGGCCCACUUCCAUAUUUGAAAUUAAUGCAACUGAAAGUUUUGUUCUGAUUAUAAUUUGUUUAGUGCUGGGUGUGAUGAUUUAUUAUUUACAGAUUAUUGAUUUUAUGUAUAAGCAUAUUUGACUGUCUUACAUAUGGAUUACUGCAUUCUAUUGAUUCUUACUUUGUGGUUGGCUUUAAUCCUUUCAUAACUUUGUAAGCUUGAAGAGCUAAAGCUCUUAAAACUGUUAGUAGAAACAAUGAAUAGUACAUAUAUUUUUUCCACUGCCUUAUCUCUCAAGGAAUUACCAUUCCUAGAAUAUUUGACUUUCAAUGCACCCAAAACCUUUUGGGUAAAGUAAAAAGGGAUGUGUAGAUAGUUUAGGUUUGGCUUGGUUGCAUGAAUUUUAAAGCAGUGUUUUCUAUAUGCAACAUAUAUUUCCUCUCUGAAAUAUAGAAGAAAUAAAGGAAAACUAAGGAAAUCCUCGUUAAUCUUUAACAAAAGCAACUUAAACUCUGGGGGAGAAUUUCAUUUUGCCAUGUUAUAUUAACUAUUUACUCUGUAUACUAGUACGUAUCUUUAAAUUAACAAAAAGUCCACCAUAUUUGGUAGUAUUAUCCAAAUGGCUUUAAAAUUGAAAAUGUAAGUAAUAUGGUUGGCAUGAGGUACAAUUCAAGAGUACUAGGAAAUUUGCAUAGGAUCCCUCAUGCAUCUCUUUAUUACACCUGUAUCUGCUAGAUGUGAACAUAUACAUCUUUUUCAAAUGAAAAAUGCUUUAUUGUAAGAGUGCUUAUCUGAUCCUGUUUAUUUUUCCAGUGCAUUUCUGUAAUAUCUUAUAUAAUAAGAAAAGUAUUUCUUUUUAAACAAUAAGGAUAUAAAAUAUAGUGUGGGAUUAACCAAUCUAUUGCAUAUUUAAGCACUGGGAAAGGAACUUAAUGUCUGUGGCCACAAGAAGCUUUUGUACCUUGGUUCUAGUCAGACUGUGGAUUUGGAAUUGUCUAUGUCAGACUUCUUACGUUCAACCCUUUGUUUUUUUGUCAUAAUCUUCAACUUUAGACAUAUAUGUAUUUAUGUGCUCACAUGUGGACUGAGAAAUCAGAUAACAUCCUGAGGACCUAUAGGUUAUAUGUUGGCAAAAAGUGGUUUGUGUUUGUUUUAUAAAAUUGGAUUCAUGUUCAUCAUGUUUGGGAAUGUAUAGCAUGUAAAUUAUUUCAUGUAUUAUUUAAAGAUAAUUAAAUGUUCAUAUUUUACUUUGAAUGUUUUCUUUUGGAAAAAAAGAGAAGAGAUCUAGUUGUCUUUUUUUCUCACCUAGGUAAAUGGGCUUUUAUAGUGCAGUAAUGUAACAGAGCAAGUUUUUGGCAUUUCAUUUCCCAAAAGAUUGUUGAUAAAUAAUUCCUCUUAUAUGUAUUUUUUUUUAAAUUCCAAAAAUAUUUAAAAAUAGGCAGCGUGGGCUAAAAGACUUAGCAGAUACAGUUAAUAAUGUUGUUAAGUUUUCCUUUGGCCCCUGGUGCAGGAGCUUAUGUUGCAGCCAGUACUUCAUUGUGCCUUUGCUGGCUGUUGGAAAGCCAGCGUCAGUGAGCACCUGCAUCGGAGGUGAACUGUCUCUCCAGAGGCAGAUCUAGCUGUCACUACAGAGAAGAAAAUGGCCGGCCAAGAGGAGCAGAGCUUGCUGGGGGUAGGUGAGAAGCAGCAUGGGAAAUCUUGAGUUAAAAAGAUGAAGCACUCUUUUUUUCCUUCUGUGUAUUUGGCAAGAAAACAGACAGGAAUGUGGUAUGUCUAGUCUUUGUGAAUGCAGAAGGUCAGGUUUUAAUUAAUUUAUUUAUUUAUUGCAGUACUAGGGAUUGAACCCACAGCCAUGUGCUUGCACUGCUACUGAGCUACAUCCUCAGCCCAUUUUUAAUUUUUGAGGCAAGGUCUUGCUAAAUUGCUGAGGCUGGCCUUGAACUUGUGAUCUUCCUGUCUCAGCCUCCCACCUAUCUGAUAUAUUAUGGUUUAGAAAAAUGUUCCCUAGAAGGUUCAGAGGUGGGGCUUUUGGAAGGUAGUAGAUCAUGGGGACACUGACCUCAUCAGUGGACUGAUCCAUUGGUGAGUUCAUAACUGAAGGUACUGUUAGGAGGUGGGGCCUGGUUGGAGGAGGUGGGGGGGGUCACUGGGAGUGUGGCUUUAAAGGAUAUAUUCUGCACUUGAUCUUAGCCAAAAGGCCGAGAAGCGAUGAGGGAUAUAUUCUGUCACUAGCCCUUGACUCACUCACUGUCCAUCGUCUCUCCUUACUUGCCCUCUGUGCUUCCCAGCUGUCAUAAGUAGCUUUGUCUACCAUGCCCUUCCUCUGAUAUUUCUGUCUUGAAGCCCUCUGACAAUGGACUGAAACCAUGAAUCAAAAUAAACCAUUUUCAAUAUACA